GCCACCGGAGAAGAACGACAGAAAAUGGCGAGUCAGUGUAAAAGGCAGCAAUGCUCCAUCGACAGGCGCGGCUUUCGGCAGGAACUUGACUCGUGGCGGCACAAACUCAUCCACUGUGUAGGUUUUGAGAGCAUUCUGGAAGGUCUGUUUGGCUCACAGCUGGUAGAAGACCUACAGUUAUUUAAGGAUUCGGAGCCUGUUGCAGGGUCUGACUGGUCAUUUGAUGAAAAUUGUUUAUUCUGCUGUUUUAGACGAGAUAAAGUAAAGGAACACUUGAUUGGCUUAAGUAGUGAGGAGAGUCUCCAAGAUCCGCUCAAACCUCUCCUGGUGAAAGAUCAGACCACCAUCAGCAGAUUAGAGAAGCAAGCAGAGGAAUUUCUCAAUGCAGUCCUCUCUAAUAAAGAUGUGCCAAGUUUCUCCGACCCACACAUCCCAGUAGUGGCACGAGAGAUCCUGCAGAGAAUGAUCCGGCAGUUUGCCACCGAAUAUACCUCAAAAACCAGCUCUCCUCAGGAUAGUAGCUCAGAACCCCAGCCAAGCUCUGACCAAAGUCCACAGACCCCAGCCAUGACUUCUGGGGUUCCAACCAGCAGCCCGUCUGCCGUCGUGGCGGGGCCCGUGCACAGCCACAACCCCGUCCUUAGCAAGCUCCUCAUGGCCGACCAGGAUGCCCCUCUUGACCUCACAGUCAAGAAAACCCAGUCUGAGCCCAGUGAGCAAGAGGGAGUCCUUGACUUGUCCAUCAAAAAGAGUCGCCAUAGCAGCAGUUUUUCAGGCCACAGUCCAUGCCUUUCUCCUAAGGUGUCCACACUCAAGGGUGAGUGUGCAGUCUUGCCUAUUGCAAAGGCAAAAGAGCUGCAGUCCACCUCAACACUGGAACAGUUCAUGGCGAAGCUCUGCCGCCACCAUCAGAGACAGAUUGUCGAUGCCAUAGGUUUCUUGCAGACUGAGGUCAAGGCACUGGGGGCUUUCAAGACACAGCAAACUAAUAACUCUGCCUCUGAAAGGGAACAGGGAACAACCUGCUCCACCCCUGUUAUGUCUGAGAAGUCAAGCUUUGAUCUUAGGAUUCCUGUUGAAUCCACGCCGAAAUCUCAAAUCCUGGAUAUUUCCUGUUCUAUCCAAAGGGAUAGUGUCACGGAAAACGUUCCAGAGACUGUAGUUCCAUUGACGUCUGUUCCUGCUAGCCCUGUGUUGGAUCUUCAUAGCCCUGAGUCAGGGAGCAACCAGGCUUUGGUCACCCCGACUGCUAUCCCCGUAGACGCUGACAGCAACCGUCAAGGUGACCAUGCUCCUCUUAAGAUGAAAAUUAUGAAAAGCAGUAAUGUUGCUGCUGGUAAAAAGUUAUCUUGUGUGCUGACCACCUCGCUUGCAUCUGACUCUGGUACAUUGGAGGCCAGACAAAAUAACUCAAAUUUAUCCAACAGAACAGAGACACAUAGCGCUAGACUAAGCUCUUCUCUGAAAAGACAUAAUCUGCUAAAUCACUCGCAUUCUGCGAGACAGAGAGGAGCUGUGUGGCACACACCAAUUAAAGAGCUUUCACUUCCUCAGGCUAAUGCUGCAGAAUCACCACGAACUGCCAGGAAAACCAUCCGGCCAUCCACCCAUCAACAAACUAGACAUGCUCCUUAUAGGAUGGUUGACCCUGAUCUUGGCAACUGUGACAUUGUUUACAUUGACAAACCCAUUACAGAGUGCUUUAAAGAACAACAGCGUAACUUGCUUCCCCGCCGCAACGCCCGGAAAAGCACUAGGGGACAUUUGUACACAGAUGAAAUUUGGGAGUUAAAAACUGUCCGCACGUUGGCUGGAAGGGGCAACUGUCCUAAUCCGAUGCCAGAGUUGAUCACAUUGGUCACUCCAAAACAGAUCCUUUCAAAGCCUGAAGGUGUACCCCCGGUGGAUAUGCCGUUUGCUGGAGCAUGUAGAGAGACAGUGAGUGAGCUGAUGUCCUCAGAAGAGUCUGAUGAAAGGGUAAUACCAGGAACAGGUGACGUGGUGGAGGUAGCAGCUAAUGAAGCAGACAUUAUAGUAGAAACCAGUCAGACCGAUCAGUGUCAGAACAAGUUAGAGACCCCUCAACCUAUAAUAAGUGCACUAUCUGACAACAUAGUAACAAAUAACAGCACAGAUGAUCUCCAAUUACAAGAGCUAACAUCUUCUGAGUGCAAGAAAACAGUAGAAGGUCAUGAAAAUGUUGCACAGACCUCAUUUGAAGCAGAAACGGAUAAAGAGCCUGAACCUGAACAAACCGAACCUACUACAACAGCAGUGUCCGAAACAACAGAACCGUCAGAUAAAAUCAACACAGAAGAAACGGAACUUCAUAUUCUGUGUAAUAAAAUGCAUGGCUGUGAGGCUACCCCCCUCCCCACGAGCGCACCAUCACCAAUGGAUCAGGGAAAUGAGAAAGACAAUGGUAGACCCCAGGAACCGCCGCCAGAGAAACAGACACUCACUGAUAAGCUUGAAGAGACUGAAAAAUCUUUGACCUCAGGAUUAGUCAAAGAGCAGAUGUUGAUUGAACAAGAAAGUGCAGCAGCUGUAGAUGCUGAAACUGAUGUGCCUGUAUCAACAUUUGAAGAAGAUGAAUAUGAUGUUUCCUCAAAGACAAUGGAUACUCUCCUAAAGGAAUUACCUCCUUGGCGUAGGAAAAGAGGCACAGUGAUCUCUCUGCCAAAGAGGCUACGACAUUUGCAGACUGUGAUCGUGGGCUACGUUAAUGGGAGACCCAUAUCAGCCUCUGACAGGAGUCUGCGCCGUAGACUAAACAGUGGCACAUCACCCACUAAAACCCCAGUGAAACAAAGCCCGAAGGUUCCCAAAAAAGCUGACUCUCCGGAAACCAUGAACCUAGAAGCAAAUACAACUGAAGCAGUCGUAUCAACAGAAUCCACUGCGAGCGCACCUGAACUUCCUCUAGUGGCAGCUUCUGACAUAACAGAAAACCCUACAGUUAAGAUAUCCCCCAAGUCCAAACCAAUCCAAAAUCAAGGCCAGAAAGUUGAGCCGGUGGAUUCUGGCACUGAAACCAAACGACAACUAAGAUCAGCCGUCCAGAAACGUGCUGAAACUCUUCCAUCAGACCUUUCUCCAAAUUCUGUCACAUCCUUUUCACCUCCUAAACCUAGUUUACUCCCGGCUUCCCCUGCAGCCCUGCCCCCCGUUUCUCCUCUUUUGACAGGGUUAACUUCACCUGGAACUCCUGAACAGUCUCCACUGAGUACAGUCCAAGAGACAGUGUUGGAGGUAAACAGUCAAAAAAGUCAAUCAUCAGGGAGCGUUUCAGAAGAAGUCCAAAGUAUCUCGGUCAAACAAAAAUUAAGAUCUUCAAAGAUGGUAGUAGAAGAAAUAAAAAAUGAAACUCCGCUUGACGUGGGGUUAUCAUUUGAGAAUGAGACUGAAAUGCAAAAAAGGAUGGCACCAUCAAAAGGAAAAAGGGUUCUCAUAACGGAACCUUCAACAGAAACAGAAAACCCAAAUGCAGCAUCAUUAGAGGAACGUUGUAUAAGUUCACCAGGAGUUGAUAAGCCCACAAGAAUGCCACUGAGGAGUGAGAGUGGUAAGGCCGAAACAUCCUCCCAACCUGUCCCUCAGUCACCACCUUCGGACAACAAAAAGCUAUCUUUGCGAUCCCAGAGGUUGUCUUCACCCUCUACCAGUGCUCACCCUGUAUCUGGAAAGAACACUAAUGUGGUGUCACCUACCAGAACACCUCCAUCAAAAACUCAGACCAGGUCACCUCCGUCACUUGCUACAUCAGUUCAGCCUCGGAGCUCAGCCUCCACUGUGAUUUCACCAAGACUGGAGUCACGCAGACAGACCAAUAAGUUCUUGGAAGCACUGAAUGGAGAAGAUAAUCAACAGCUGCUUACAGACUUGAACCUCAAAUAUGAAAAGAUGCAGAAAGGCUGGCUGCAAAUGGACAGAGAUGGUCAGCCAGCAGCAAAAUAUAAAAACAAAUCAGACAGACAAGCAGCUAUAUGGAAGAGUAAACGCAGGGCCCGCAAGCCAAAGACUUUAGAACCACAGAAGUAUUCACCAGUUCAAAUGCUCUUUACCAAGGACUUUGAUCUUUCCAGUAUUUGUCGCUGGUUCCUGGAAUCAACAGAAACCCAAUCUCUUGUCAUUGUUAAGAAAAUAAACACCCGUCUUCCGUCGGAAACUCAGCUGUGCUUCCACAGCUCGUCCAAUGCAUCGGGGGUCUCUCAGGGCGUUUUUCCAAGCUUACAAGCGGAACGCUUAAAGAAACACUUGAAAAAGUUUGCCAUUGCCUCUCCUGUAAAAAGUAACCCCAGGAGUCAGAAACUCAUUGCAAAAACGCUGGAGCAGGAGACAACCUUGAUCAAAGGCAAAGAGAGGCGAGAACUUCCCAGAGCUGCUCAUACCAAUCGGGUGCACGCAAGAGUUGAUGCUGGGGGACACGCCAACGAAUCCCAGAAAUCUCCUGCUAAGCCAAAGAAUCCUGCCAGUGCCAGGAUUUUGAGGAAAUACUCCAAUAUUAGAGAAAAGAUGCAUGUCCAGCAAACUAAUGUUCGACUGAAAGGCAUCUCUAAAAACUUAAAACCUAACAGCUUAAAAAGACAGACCACAGAACCUGCUUCUGAGUCAACCGUCAGUCCACCUCAGAAGGCACCAAAACUGCCCCUACCUGUCGCUAAGCCAGUGAAGGCAACAAGAAUAGCAAGGAGGAGAACAUUGGCUCGAAGAAAGUCUACAAGGCUUCGAGCUGUCGAGGCUCGGGACGUCACUCAAGUCAAAAGAUGUUCGCAGCGACUGAAUUCUAUGACAGAUGCAUCAAAAAUCCAAGUAGACAAAAAGACAUCAGAAGUAGACAAAGAUAGGGAAAAGUCCUCUGUGAACAAAGUCAACGCUGGUAAAAAUCAUGUAAAUGAAUCACCGGAAAGCAAAGAAAUCAAAAGUGUGCAAGGUGCUCCUGAGGCGGAAGUGAAACCUCCCGAAGCACCCGACCAAGUGUUGACCAGAUCCCAGAGAAAUAUGAAAGCAACGUCGAACGAUAGCUCCAGUCGUGUGACAAAGAUGUCCAAGAUGGCGAAGCAGCGUGCGUCUCUCAAGUCCAUCAGGAAGGCUGAGGGAAUCACCAGAAAAGCUGCUGUGAAGAGAAAUAGCGACGCCAUGUGGUCUCGUACGAGAGCUCAGGACCUCCUAGCACCGCCAGCAAAGCGCACCAGGAUGUCACGGUAAAGCUGACCUGUUUUUUAUUACUUUUACCUGGAAUAUAUUCAGAAGGACGUCCAAACCAAACAAUGAACUUCAGUAUGGAAAUACUUUGGAGUGACAAGAGGUGCAGAUGUGAUGUUUGCCGGGUGCUUCAGGGACUGCACAUAGACAUUUUGUUUGAAAAGACAGAAACUUUUUCUUUUUUUUUUUAUUCAAGGAAGCAUUUUUGAGUCUGUGGCUUCACAGUGACACUAAAUAAUUUUCCCUCCAUGUUUUUUUUCCCCUCAUGAUAUUAAAAGCUUUGCAGUCUCCGGCCCGCCUUCCAAUCACAGCCGAGUGAUCAUGGGACUGUUGUGACCAGGUGCCUUAUUUAUGAAGUUCAAAGAAUGUCUUUCUAAAUGUGAACUCUCCUCCUUGUUGGAAGACACUUUCUUUAUGUCAGCGUAUGCAAAUAAUUUUCUUGUGUUGACUUACAGUAGCUGACGUGUGUAUUUUUAUAUGCCCGCUUUCUACAGCAUUAAUUUUAUUUGAGUUGCAUUACGAUAUUUAAACAAAAGUGUUAAAACAAGACACUGUAUUUGUUCCCCCUCCUGGUGAAGUACAAUACUUUAUUUACUUUAGUGAUCUGCUACUUAAAGCAGUCCACAGGAAUGUCUUUUGGGGGCGGAGUUGAGUUUAAGGAAGAUUGAAGGACCGGGGAGCAAGUUCAGACCAUAGUUGAGAGUGCCGGGUUUGCUACUAGAGUGCAGGAACUAACCAGUUUUCCGUUGCAGAGCCAUUUUUUUAUUAACAGUGCACAAAAUGCACAGCUCAUGCUAAUAUCCACUCAAUGCGUGCUGUAACUUGUGGAUAAAAGCCACUCUUCAUCACUCCUCUGCCUCCCUUAAAGACACAAAACACAUUUUUUGGGGGGAAAAAAAUCUAUCGGAUUUGGCUUUAACAGAUAAAUUGAAGUUAGUGGUUAAACCUGCCACAAAGACCUCUGGCACUCACCAGAGGAAGUGCGCAUUAUACUUUCUAAGCACCCCUCCACCGCACACACAGCAUUAACUGCACAUUCCAUGUUUAAUUAUUCAACUUUAAUGACUUUGACGUAAUCGUGUGAUACCUUCCAUGCUAGUAACUGACUAAAUAUGGUCAAAGGAAAAUUUUUUUUUUAUUGUCACUGUUAUUUUAUCCUGGUCAUUUGUCUGGAAACCCUUACAUGUACAGUACAUGCCGAUCUUGUUUGUCGUCUUUUUUUAAUUAUUGUUAUUUAAGAGCUGCGCGUCGCCUCCUAAAUGUAGCCCAUCUGAAACAGUCCACCAAAUAUUCAAACUUGAACGUGUUUAUUCUCUACACUUGCUAUUUAAGGAUUUUUUUGUUUUGUUCUUUGGAUUUUGUAUAUUAGAGAGAGGUGCUUUAUUUGUGGUAAUCCCAACAAUAAAACAUCCUGUUUAUGUAAAGAAGCUUGUAUUUUUGCUGGAGCUGAUAUAAAGAUGGAUGAAUUU